AUGGAGGAGUUGCCGGAGAGCCACGCAGCGCCGUCGCUCGCGCCCCUGCGCCCGCUGCAGAGCCCGCCCAGCCUGCCCCAGCUGGAGCGCUGCCACGGCCCGCCUGCCUCCCCGUGGAGCUGCUGCCGCAAGUCUCGGGAGGCCGCCUGCAAGCCGGAAAAGGGGGUGCGCGGCAGCAGGCCGGGGCGCACGGAGAACAAUCGGGGCGGCCUGCCAGCCAAGGAGGGCCGCGCCCCCGCGCUCCUCUCUCCGCCCUGCAGCUCGUGUUUGCGGAGUGCUCUGCCAUGUGCCUGCCCCUCCGGGCAGCUGCCCGGGCGCAGGGAAGGCCGGUGCCGCCAGUGCACAGCGCAGCGCUCCAGGCCCCCGGCAUUCAGGGCAGGUGUGCGGCGGGCCAUGUGCAGCGGCCAGGUGGCUCCGGUGCCGCCCCGGCACCCCCAGCAGACCAGACCCUUCACAGGGCCGGAGCGCGUUUGCCCACUGCAGGCCAAGCCUCCCGAGAACCCUUCGCGGGGCAACCAGCGCCCCAGCCCGUGGCCGCUGAGCUGGGGGCAGCAGGGGAGGCUGUGGCGGGCAGGCUGCAGCGGCCCUGCUCGCGGACCCCCGACGUCCCCACCUGCGCGUGCCCCGCUGGCCUGUGGCCGCGCCCCGCGUCCCCUCCUCUGCCGGGGCGGGCGAGGGCCGCCCGGGAGGACUAUAAAGGCGGCGGCGCCGGGCAGCAGAGCUCGGAGCAGCCACCGCGGGGGCGCCGAGCACCGGCCCACCAUGCUGCUGCACUGCCUCCUCCUGCUGCUGCCCGGGCUGGCCACGGCCACGGCCCCCGCCCCUCCAGGCUGCCGGAUACGAAUCACCGCCAAGGGGCUGGAGCUGGUGAAGCGGGAGGGGCUGCGCUUCGUGGAGCAGGAGCUGGCGAACAUCACGACGGAGGACCUGCAUGGCAAGGAGGGCCACUUCCACUACAACAUCAGCAACCUGAGGGUGACCCACCUGCAGCUGCCUUUCUCCGACCUGCGCUUCGAGCCGAGGCAGCACCUGGCCUUCGACAUCAGAAACGCCUCCAUCAGCCUGCGCCUCCGGCGGCAGCUUCUCUACUGGUUCUUCUACGACGCGGGCUCCAUCACCACCUCGGCCGAGGGCGUGCACAUCCACACCGCGCUGGAGCUCUCCAAGGGCCGCGGCGGGCGCCUCAGGGUCUCCGCCAUGAACUGCAGCGCCUCCAUCGCGCGCAUGAGCACCGGCGUCAGCGGCACGCUCAGGAAGGUGUACGCGUUCCUGGCCGCCUUCGUCACCACAGGCGUGCGCAUCCUCCUCAACCGGCAGAUCUGCCCGGUGAUGAACCACGCAGGACUGGUGCUGCUCAACUCCUUGCUGGACACGGUGCCAGUGCGGAACCCGGUGGACAAGCACAUCGGGAUCGACUACUCCCUGCUGAGCAACCCGGCUGUCCAGGCUGACACCAUGGACCUUGACUUCAAGGGCAUGUUCUUCCCCUUGGGGGGCUGGAACGAGACGCUGCCGAACGUGGCCGUGGAGCCCGUCAUCCGGGAGGCGGAGCGCAUGGUCUACGUGGCCCUCUCGGAGUUCUUCUUCGACUCGGCCCUCCUGGCCUACUACAGGGCCGGGCUGCUGAGCGUGCAGUUCGCCGGCGAGCAGGUGCCCACAGACCUGGCGGUCCUGCUCAGAGCCACCCUCUUUGGGAGCCUCCUCAUAGCGAAACCGUCGGUGGUGGACACGCCGCUGGUGCUGAGGCUCCACGUCUCGGCCCCCCCACGCUGCACCAUCAGGCCCUGGGGCAUGUCCAUCUCCGUCACGGCGCUGCUCAGCAUCUACCUGGCCCCCGCGGAGCAGCCCCUCGUGGCCCUCUCCAGCAUUACCAUGGAAAGCCAGAUGAGUGGGAAGGUGACGCUGCACGGGAAAGCCCUCCGGGUGCAGCUGGACCUGAACAGGUUCCGCAUCUACUCCAGCCAGUCGGCCCUCGAGUCGCUCGCACUGCUCCCGCUGCAGGCCCCACUGAAGACGCUGCUGCAGCUGGCUGUCAUGCCCCUCAUCAACGGGAGAACGAGGCAGGGUGUCCAGAUCCCGCUCCCGGAAGGCAUGGACUUCGUGAAGGAAGAGGUCACCCACCACCGGGGCUACCUCACCGUCGGGGCCGACCUGCACUUCUCCAAGGGGCUCCGGGAGGUGAUCGAGCAGCACCGGGGCACGCCGGGCUCCCCGCCGCACUUUGGACAGAGGCCCCUCCGAGGGCCAUGAGGGGGCCUCGCAGGGACGGCCCCCCCUCGCCGUGCUCCAGAAUGAAUAAACCUGUUCAAACUA